GAAAAUCAUUAAAAAUCUUUUUGCCUUCCUUUCUGCAAAACUCAGAGAGAAAGCUGUCGACUGGAGUAAACCUUUUAUUUUAUUUUUUCAAUUUUUUUCUUAUAUUUUUAUUUAUUGUUUUCUUGUUAUUACAAAUCUCCCUUUUUAUUGAUGGUGCUGUAUUUGCGUGCCUCCUUUUUUCUUCUGCAAUAACAACACCAACAUCAACAACAACUAAAACCCUUUUCCCAUCCCAUUCUUUUGUUUGUUCAAAUUCUCUGAGAAAAGGGUAAAGAGGAAAACAAAAAAAAAAGAAAAAAAAAGAAAAAAAGGAAAAAAAAAGAAAAGAUAUGUCAGGUUUGUAUAAUCCCAACUUCUCACCUGCCAGAGCUGCUUCUCCCCAGAUUAGAAGCAACCCAGAUGUUGACAGUCAGUACUUGUCAGAGCUGUUGGCCGAGCAUCAGAAGCUUACACCCUUUGUGCAAGUGCUGCCGAUAUGUAACCGCCUCUUGAAUCAAGAGAUAUUUAAAGUAUCUGGGAUGAUGUCCAACCAAGGUUUCGGUGACUUUGACAGGCUUCGGCAUAGAAGCCCUAGUCCCAUGGCAUCUUCAAACCUCAUGUCAAAUGUUUCUGGAACAGGAUUUGGUGGAUGGAAUGGACUUCCUCAGGAGAGAAUAAGUGGCCCCCCUGGAAUGACAAUGGAUUGGCAAGGUGCUCCUGCAAGUCCUAGUUCGUAUACUAUGAAGAGAAUUUUACGCCUGGAAAUUCCAGUAGAUACCUAUCCCAAUUUCAAUUUCGUUGGGCGACUUCUCGGACCUCGGGGUAAUUCUCUGAAAAGGGUUGAAGCUACUACUGGCUGCCGUGUAUACAUCAGAGGGAAGGGAUCUAUAAAGGAUCCAGACAAGGAGGAAAAGCUCCGGGGAAGACCAGGCUAUGAACAUCUGAAUGAACCUCUCCACAUUCUAAUUGAGGCUGAUUUACCUGCCAAUGUAGUUGAUAUGAAGCUCAGACAGGCUCAGGAGAUUAUCGAAGAAUUGCUCAAACCGGUGGAUGAGUCACAGGAUUAUAUCAAGAGGCAGCAGUUGCGCGAAUUAGCUAUGCUGAAUUCCAAUUUCAGAGAAGAGAGUCCUGGGCCGAGCGGCAGUGUCUCGCCCUUCAACACAAGUGGAAUGAAGCGUGCAAAAACAGGUCGAUGAGAGCUCGUAGUAUUUAUUGAUAAUGUUCUUAAAAGCUUCGUCAUCUUUGCUGCAGAAAUUUAUGGCUGAGAAAGCCCUCCAAUACAUCAAAAUUCAGCACAGCUUCAAAGUGAUAGGCUAACAGUUUUUGUUGGUGAGCUCUAUGCAAUGGUGGGUUUCUUAUAUUGUCUUCUUACCUUAUGAACUGCCAACAAAAGAAAAUAAAAAAAAAAGUUAAAACUUGAAAAAAAAAAAGAAAAAAAAAUAUUCAUAUAGCUGGAUUUUGAGUUUAGGCUUGGCGAGGUCAGUUUUUUUCAGUGUAAACUUAAUACUUUAAUUGGAUUUAUUCUUGUGUUAGUAACAUUUCAGAAGUGUGGAUUAUAUAUAUAUAUAUAUUUAUAUAUAUUAAUGACGCAAACACUAGGGAGAGAAAGGGUCACUUUUGUAGGUAUUUUCUCAUGUCUUGUUCCAUAUUCUUUAGUUUUUGAUUAAAAUUGUCUGUAAGAAAGAGUCUGAAUUUAUUAUUUACUCUCCUUAUUGUCAAGUAUUAAAUUUUGUCUCUUUAGAGGCCCGUGAUUUUCAUGUUCUUUGGAAUCAUCAUUAUCAAAAAGCUCCUUGAUGAGUUUCAAACUUGUCACAGAUUGCCCUUUAGAGCUAUUACUUUAAUUUCUAUUUUCUUUUUAUUCCUCUCUCUCGUUGUAUCAUGUGUUUGUUGUGUGUUGCUCCAAGGUAAUGACAUCAAGACAACAAAAUACAUGCAAACCCACGUGGGUGGCACAAAAGGAAAUAUUUAUUAUAUUCUAUUAUUUUAACGUUUUGCACCAAGAGUCUUCCUCUUUCUCUCUCAU